UUAGUGGCUGCCUCUGAGUGGGGACUGACGGAGGUUGGUGAAGAGGCCGGCUGGGGAGGGGCCUCCAGUAGUCCAGCACCGGCACCAUCGCCUGCGUGGGCCCUGCGGCCAAGCGGCCACCUGCUUCUCCGGAGCCUUCCCUGGUAUAAAUAGCGCGGAGGAAGGGGAGAAGGCUCCUGGCAGCCAGCAUGGCAGCGCUGAGGCUCUUCUGUUUCUGCCUGGCACCAGUUGUGCUCUUCAGGGCGGCAGAACUGCAAGUUUCUGCCCUGGAGGGCGCAGAAGACUUUGCCAACUUGGCUGAGGGUGGCUUCUUGCCGGGAGACCCAAGUCUAGUGAAGAAGCAGAGGCUGCUCAAUGGAAUCCCUCUCCCGUUCUCAGGCAGCCAGGAGGAGCCUCGGGGUGAGGGAUCCACCAAUGCAGGCCCCAACGUGGACAGCGCAGAAAGGGGCCCCUUGGAGGAGGACGGAGCACGCGCGGCUGAGCGAGGGGAGGUCCCUGGCCAAGAAGAGGGGACGGCUGGUCACGAAGGAGGCGGAAGCAGCUCGGGGGAGCCGGAGGAGGUUUCCGCACGAAGGGUGGACGGGUCUCGGGGUGAAGAAAAGGCUCCACUAAAGACGGAGAGUCCUUUUGAGGAAGAGGCCCACGGUCUUCUCCCAGGACGAAACCAAGAGGCGUCUCAGGAUCCUCUCCGCCCUUUGGGGGCACAGCUGGAUGAUAACCUCACCGAUUCCCCUGAGGUGGAUGAAACUCUGGAAGGGCACUUGGGCAACCCUUCGCCAAGAGAGGAACCCAGGGAGACGCUCAGGGCUGUCCUGCGGGAUUUGCGUGAACCGGGAGAGCCGGAGGAGGCAGCAAGUGCCCACCCAGCAGAGGAAGGAGCUACGGAGGACCUGGCAGGGAGUCCAGAAGAGCCGGAUGGCAGAGGAAGAGCUGCAGUGGAUGAAGCCGGAGCUGCCACCCAGCUUCCCAUGGAAGGACGGGGCUUUGGCCAGGGGCAGCCAAAUGGCAGUGGGGCAGAAGGCGCAGCAGCUUCUGAAGGGAAGGUUCCUCCUCCGGCAGAGAGAAAGUGGCCCAGAGCGGAGGAGCUGGAGAACGCGCAGAGGGACCGGUCCCACAUUGAGAGCACCCUGAAGCUGAAGGAAGAGAAACCCGCAGAAGACUACUCAGCCAUCCUACAGCGGCUGAGGAAAAUCUACCACUCCUCCAUCAAGCCCUUGGAGCACUCCUACAAGUACAAUGAGCUUCGGCAGCAUGAAAUUACGGACGGAGAGAUUACUUCCAAGCCGAUGGUGCUCUUCUUGGGACCCUGGAGCGUUGGCAAGUCCACCAUGAUCAACUACCUUCUGGGGCUGGACGCCACGCCACAUCAGCUCUACACAGGGGCUGAACCCACCACCUCCGAGUUCACCGUCAUAAUGCAUGGUGCUAAAGUCAAGACCAUCGAAGGCAUUGUCAUGGCUGCAGACAGCGCCCGCUCGUUCUCCCCCCUCGAGAAGUUUGGGCAGAACUUUCUGGAGAAGCUGAUCGGAAUCGAGAUCCCUCAUAAGCUCUUGGAGAGGGUCACCUUUGUGGACACCCCCGGUAUCAUUGAAAACCGGAAGCAGCAGGAGCGAGGCUACCCGUUCAAUGACGUCUGCCAAUGGUUCAUCGAUCGAGCCGAUCUCAUCUUCGUGGUAUUUGACCCGACCAAACUGGACGUGGGGCUGGAACUGGAGAUGCUUUUCCGCCAGCUGAAGGGCCGGGAGUCCCAGAUCAGGAUCAUCCUGAACAAGGCGGACAGCCUGGCUACUCAAGAGCUCAUGCGGGUGUACGGCGCCUUGUUCUGGAGCCUGGCCCCCCUCAUUAACGUUACUGAGCCCCCCCGGGUUUACGUCAGCUCCUUUUGGCCCAUGGAGUACCAAGCCGAAACCCACCGCGACCUCUUCUCCAAGGAGGAGAUCUCCCUUCUGGAAGACCUCAACCAGGUGAUUGAGAACCGGCUGGAAAACAAGAUCGCCUUCAUCCGCCAACACGCCAUCCGGGUUCGCAUCCACGCACUCCUGGUCGAUCGCUACUUGCAGACCUACAAGGACAAAAUGACCUUCUUCAGCGACGGGGAGCUGGUCUUCAGGGACAUCGUGGAGGAUCCAGACAAGUUCUUCAUCUUCAAGUCCAUCCUGGCCAAGACCAACGUCAGCAAGUUCGACCUGCCCAACCGCGAGGCCUACAAGGACUUCUUUGGGGUGAACCCCAUCCACAGCUUCAAGCUGCUCGCACAGCAGUGCUCCUACAUGGGGGGCUGCUUCCUGGAGAAGAUCGAGAGGGCCAUCACCCACGAGCUGCCUGACCUGCUCGGGAGCAUCGGCCUGGGGAAGAAGGCCGGCCCCCUCUCCUGCGACACAACCGGCUGCGGGGAAACCCCAAAGAACCGCUACAAGAAGCACUAAGAGGCCGCCAGCGUGUGACCCUCCUGCGCCCCGGCUGAUGAAUGAGCUUAUGUCUUAUCUGUCCAAGAAGCUCUGUUGGCCCCCCUCUGGGGGCCGCAGAGCGAGCGGCUGGGAUCCCAAUGGCAGGGAAGUUGGGUGGGCCUGGUAAAGAGAAUAAAGCACUGUGAAUACCCGU